AUGGCGGCACAAUCUAAGCUCGAGGCAGCCUCGCCCUCGUCCCUCGUCCGCCUCCUCACCGCGGGCGGGCAGCGUAGGAGCGUCGCUCUUGCCGCUCUCGUACUCCUGUUUGCGCUUCGCAAGCGCCUCGCCGCCCUCGUAGACUCUAACGCGCUUUCCCGCAGGGGCCGCGCCUCGCAGUCCUCGGACCGGGACCUCGAUGCGGCCCUUCGCCAGGUCUACGUACCCAAACCCGACGGCUCCCGAGAACUCUUGGUGCCACAUCGAGGCCGCGUCUCGCGCGUGCCCGUGCGACCAACAAGGCAGUCGACCUUCGAGGCCGACUUCCGCGAGUUCAAACAGCUUCCUCCCACGUCCGACGCCAGCCUCCCGGCAAAGUCCUCGUCCAAGUCCUCGAGCCAUGACCAACAAAGGGCGCAAAUCGAGGAUGCCAAGGCCAUGAGGGCAGAAGGCGGUGCCGCAGCCGCAACUGCAAAGAAGGUCGGGGUCAACAAGGAGUUCUUCCGUCAGUUGAGAGCCAUCUUCCGCAUCCUGAUCCCGCGCAAGAAUUCGAAGGAGGUCUUCAUCUUCGCGCUGCAUACGUCGUUCCUGGUGCUCCGCACGUACCUCAGCAUGCUCGUCGCCAAGCUCGACGGCGUCAUUGUCCGCGACCUUGUCUCCGCCAACGGCAAGGGCUUCUUGCGCGGACUCGGCCUCUGGUUCCUCUUGGCGAUCCCUUCCACCUACACCAACGCGAUGAUCCGCUACCUGCAGUCGAAGCUGGCCAUUGGCUUCCGCACCCGCCUCACCCGAUACGUGCACGACCUCUACCUCAACGACAAGGCAAACUUCUACCGCAUCAUCAACCUCGAUGGACGCCUCGACUCGGCCGACCAGUACAUUACCACCGACAUCGCCCGGUUCUGCGAGACGCUUUCGGCGCUGUACUCGAACGUGUCGAAGCCCGUCCUAGACCUCAUCAUCUUCAACUUUGCACUCAGCCGGUCGCUCGGCCCCGGCGGAGUGCUUGGCCUGUUUGCCAACUACCUCGUGACCGGUUGGGUGCUGCGCAAAGUGACGCCCGCCUUCGGCAAGCUGGCUGCCAUCGAGGCCAAGCUCGAGGGCGACUUCCGGAGCGCGCACAGCCGCCUCAUCACCAAUGCCGAGGAGAUUGCCUUCUACAACGGUGCGUCAAUCGAAGCCAGUAUCCUCAAUCGAGCCUACAUGCGUCUCGUCAGGCACGUCAACAGCAUCUUCAAGAUCCGAGUGGCCUUCAACAUGACCGAGGACUUCGUGCUCAAGUAUGCCUGGUCGGCUGCCGGAUACGCCAUUAUCGCGUCGCCUUUCCUCUUCGGAGUCGAAAAGAAGAAGGACACGCCUGCUGCGCCGCAGGAUGCCGGGGCUGAAACCCCGCGCGCCGGACAGGGAGGCGUUGCGCGACGGACCGAAUCGUACAUCUCGAACCGCCGCCUGCUCCUAUCACUGGCCGAUGCCGGAAGCCGGCUGAUGUACAGCUACAAGGAGCUGGCCGAGCUGGCCGGUUUCACCUCGAGGGUCUACACGCUCAUCUCGACGCUCCACCUGCUCAACAGGGAGCACUACCAGGCCAUGCCCAGGCCUGCCGACCUCCCAGCAGACAAGCCCUUCUACGACCUCGGGCAUAUCCAGGGCAAGGUCGUCGAGGGCCAGGGACUCGUGCGUUUUACCGACGUCCCCAUUGUGGCACCCGCACCUGGGCUCGAGCGCGGGGGCGAGGAGCUCGUCAAGGACCUCAGCAUCCACAUCAAGCCCGGCGAGCACGUCCUCAUCACUGGGCCCAACGGUGUCGGCAAGACGGCCGUCGCAAGGGUCGUUGCUGGGCUCUGGCCUGUCUUUCGAGGUCAGCUGGAGAAGCCCUCGGUUAAGGACAUUUUCUUCUUGCCGCAGCGGCCAUACCUGUCGACGGGCAGCCUUCGGGACCAAGUCAUCUACCCAUACACCUAUCCCGAGCACUUGGCGACGGGCAAGACUGACGAAGACCUCCUCAAGAUCCUUCAGGACGUCCAUCUGGCCUAUCUGCCAUCGCGAGAAGGCGGCUGGGAGACUCGCAAAGAGUGGAAAGACGUCUUGUCCGGCGGCGAGAAACAGAGGAUGGGAAUGGCGCGCCUCUUCUACCAUCAGCCCAAGUUCGGUAUCUUGGACGAGUGCACGAGUGCCGUUUCCACCGAUGUGGAGGGCUUGAUGUACGCUCGCGCAAAAGACCUUGGUAUUACUCUUGUCACCAUCUCGCACCGGCCCUCGCUUUUCAAGUACCACGACGUGCUCUUGCGCCUAACGGGAGAGAACGGGGCAUGGGAGACGGACUACAUCGGCGCCGAGACCGAACAGCUGUCGCUUGAAAAUGAAAUUGCCGACCUCGAGAAAAAAAUGGCCGACGUCGAUGGGUGGAAGGACAGAAUUGGCGAGAUCCAAAAGGAGCUUGCCUUCAGCAAGGCCUGA